AUGUCACCUGCGGGUUGGUAACCUACGAGCGGCUGUGAAGGGAACUGUUUAACCGGAUCCCAUUGUACCGGGGACGCAGAGCGGCCUUUUCAGCAUGCAGCAGCUGCUCAGGUGAGGGGACGCUUUGGCUCGCCCGCCGUACUCAUUCAUUAGCGGCACCGCACCGUGGCGCGGGGUGGGCGUGCUGGUUCCUCGCGCUGUUGGCGGCACUCCUUCCUGCUGCUUCCCGGAGCUCCCGGGCCAGUAGAGUUUAGUAAUAUCAAGAAAUAGGAAAUUCAACCAUGGCCCCGAGGAAGAGAGGUGGACGAGGGAUUUCAUUUAUCUUUUGCUGUUUCCGAAACAAUGAUCACCCAGAAAUUACAUAUCGGCUUCGGAAUGAUAGCAACUUUGCACUUCAGACCAUGGAGCCAGCGCUGCCCAUGCCCCCUGUGGAGGAGCUGGAUGUCAUGUUCAGUGAACUUGUGGAUGAACUUGACCUCACAGACAAACACAGGGAAGCCAUGUUUGCACUUCCAGCGGAGAAAAAGUGGCAGAUAUAUUGUAGCAAGAAAAAGGACCAGGAAGAAAACAAGGGAGCAACAAGUUGGCCUGAGUUCUACAUUGAUCAGCUCAAUUCCAUGGCUGCUAGGAAAUCUCUGCUGGCUCUAGAGAAGGAAGAGGAGGAAGAGAGGAGUAAAACCAUCGAGAGCCUAAAGACAGCACUGAGGACAAAACCCAUGAGGUUUGUCACCAGAUUCAUCGAUUUGGAUGGCCUGUCAUGUAUUCUCAACUUUCUGAAGACUAUGGACUACGAGACCUCUGAGUCUCGGAUACAUACCUCCCUCAUUGGCUGUAUAAAGGCACUAAUGAACAACUCUCAAGGCCGGGCUCAUGUCCUGGCUCACUCAGAGAGUAUUAAUGUCAUUGCUCAGAGUCUGAGCACAGAGAACAUUAAAACAAAGGUGGCCGUGCUGGAAAUCCUGGGCGCUGUGUGCCUGGUUCCUGGGGGUCACAAGAAAGUUCUGCAGGCUAUGCUGCACUACCAGAAGUAUGCCAGUGAGAGAACCCGCUUCCAGACAUUAAUUAAUGACUUGGACAAAAGCACUGGGCGUUAUCGGGAUGAAGUGAGUCUCAAGACUGCCAUCAUGUCCUUCAUCAAUGCAGUGCUAAGCCAAGGAGCCGGAGUGGAGAGCUUGGACUUCAGACUCCAUCUUCGCUAUGAAUUUCUGAUGUUAGGAAUUCAACCUGUUAUAGAUAAAUUAAGGGAACAUGAAAAUUCAACAUUAGACAGGCAUUUAGACUUUUUUGAAAUGCUCCGAAAUGAAGAUGAACUAGAAUUUGCCAAAAGAUUUGAACUGGUUCACAUAGACACAAAAAGUGCAACUCAGAUGUUUGAGCUGACAAGGAAGCGGCUGACGCACAGUGAAGCCUACCCUCACUUCAUGUCCAUUCUGCACCAUUGCCUCCAGAUGCCUUACAAGAGAAGUGGUAACACAGUUCAGUACUGGCUGCUACUAGACAGAAUCAUACAGCAAAUAGUUAUCCAGAAUGACAAAGGCCAGGACCCUGACUCCACACCUUUGGAAAACUUCAAUAUUAAGAACGUCGUAAGAAUGUUGGUUAAUGAAAAUGAAGUUAAGCAGUGGAAAGAACAGGCAGAGAAAAUGCGAAAAGAACACAAUGAGCUACAACAGAAGCUGGAGAAGAAAGAGAGAGAAUGUGAUGCCAAGACCCAAGAGAAGGAAGAAAUGAUGCAGACCUUGAAUAAGAUGAAAGAGAAGCUCGAAAAGGAGACGACAGAGCACAAGCAAGUCAAGCAGCAGGUGGCAGAUCUCACAGCACAGCUGCAUGAGCUCAACAGGAGAGCGGUCUGUGCUUCGGUUCCAGGAGGACCCUCACCUGGAGCCCCAGGGGGACCCUUUCCUUCUUCUGGACUAGGAUCUCUUCUCCCUCCCCCACCACCCCCACUUUUCUCAGGUGGAGCACUUCCUCCCCCACCACCUCCCCUCCCUCCUGGGGGUCCUCCUCCUCCCCCAGGACCUCCUCCCUUAGGAGGAAUCCUGCCUCCUCCUGGUGCUCCAGUGAGUCUGACGCUCAAGAAGAAAAACAUUCCCCAGCCCACCAAUGCUCUGAAAUCCUUCAACUGGUCUAAGCUGCCUGAGAACAAAUUGGAAGGAACAGUAUGGACUGAAAUCGAUGAUACCAAAGUGUUCAAAAUCCUAGACCUUGAAGACCUAGAAAGAACUUUCUCUGCUUACCAAAGACAGCAGGAGUUCUUUGUGAACAGUAACUCCAAGCAGAAAGAAACAGAUGCCAUUGAUGACACACUGAGUUCCAAACUGAAAGUCAAAGAACUGUCCGUGAUUGAUGGUCGGAGAGCCCAGAAUUGCAACAUCCUUCUGUCGAGGUUGAAAUUAUCCAAUGAUGAAAUCAAGCGGGCAAUUCUAACAAUGGAUGAGCAAGAGGAUCUGCCCAAGGACAUGUUAGAGCAGCUUUUGAAGUUUGUCCCUGAGAAAAGUGACAUUGACCUGCUAGAGGAACACAAACACGAGCUGGACCGGAUGGCCAAGGCUGACCGCUUCCUGUUUGAGAUGAGCAGGAUUAAUCAUUACCAGCAAAGACUGCAGUCAUUGUACUUCAAGAAGAAGUUUGCAGAGCGUGUGGCAGAAGUGAAGCCCAAAGUGGAAGCGAUUCGUUCUGGCUCAGAGGAGGUAUUCAGAAGCAGCGCCCUCAAGCAGCUCCUAGAAGUUGUUUUGGCUUUUGGAAAUUAUAUGAAUAAAGGACAAAGAGGCAACGCAUAUGGAUUCAAGAUCUCCAGCCUCAACAAGAUUGCCGACACAAAAUCCAGUAUUGACAAGAACAUUACCCUUUUGCACUAUCUAAUAACUAUUGUGGAGAAUAAGUACCCCAAAGUCCUCAAUUUACAUGAAGAACUGCGGGAUAUUCCUCAAGCAGCAAAAGUCAACAUGACUGAGCUGGACAAAGAGAUAAGCACCUUGAGAGGCGGCCUGAAAGCGGUGGAGAUGGAGCUGGAGUAUCAGAAGUCUCAGCCCCCCCAGCCUGGAGACAAGUUCGUGUCUGUUGUCAGCCAGUUCAUCACUGUGGCUAGCUUCAGCUUCUCAGAUGUUGAAGAUCUUCUGGCGGAAGCUAAGGAGCUGUUCACUAAAGCAGUGAAGCACUUUGGGGAAGAGGCUGGCAAAAUACAGCCAGAUGAGUUCUUCGGGAUUUUUGACCAGUUUCUUCAAGCCGUGGCAGAAGCAAAACAGGAGAAUGAGAACAUGAGGAGAAGGAAAGAGGAGGAAGAGAGGCGGGCUCGCAUGGAAGCUCAGCUCAAAGAACAACGGGAAAGGGAGCGUAAGAUGAGGAAGGCCAAGGAGAACAGUGAAGAAACUGGAGAGUUUGAUGACCUGGUCUCAGCUUUGCGCUCGGGAGAAGUGUUUGACAAAGACCUUUCCAAACUCAAACGGAACCGCAAACGCAUUUCCAACCAGGUGACGGAUGGUAGCCGGGAGCGACCAAUCACAAAACUGAAUUUUUAAUUUUCUUGCAUCCUUUUCUAGAAAGCGCAGUAGCAGCCCUUCGGCGUGACUAGAACUUUUCAUUACACUGCCUUGCAAUCAAAACAGUGGCAAUUUCUUCUCUCACCUGUGAGUGAAGGUGUGAAUGUGUGUGUGUAAAUGUAUGUGUAUAUAUGUGAAAAUGUAUAUAGAAGUCUGAGUGUUGUCCGGGGACCUAUGUGUAUGCUUAAAAAGUUUAUGUUAAUGUGUGUGCUCAGAAACUCUGUGUAUGCAUUCAUAUCAAGUGGGGCUCAUUUUCUUUCCCUGAACACCAUGAAUGUUCAGAAGCACAAUUCUCCCUCCUGAAAGAGAUAACAGACAUUCCUUAACAUUUAAAACAAAAAACAAAACAAAACAAAAAAAAAAAAAAAAAAAAAAAAAAAAAAAAAAGGAAAAGAAGAAAACAGGAAGUUAAAAAUAAGUCUUGUCUUGUGGAGUAUUUUUUAUGGUUCCCAGGGUUGGAGUAGGGAGACAAUUUUCACUGGUAGAAAUGGAGUUGGAAAAUACAGAUCUGGAUGAGUUUGGUGGUUCCAGUCGGGCGCUGCUGCCUGCACCAAUGACUCACUUGGAAGAGCAGCUUCGAGGUCCCAAUGCUGCUGCUGGGUUACAGUCUACAGAUGUCUGUUGAGAACAUCUUGCACACAUUCAUAUCAUGUAGAACGUCAGUCACAAUUCUUUUGUAUAUUUAAAACUUGAACACCAGGUUUCCCCCCCCCCCUAAUUUCAUCUGUUUUUCCGCCAAAUGCUCUUGGUGAGUUCGUUUGUUCUUCCUUCCUUCCUUUCUUCCUUCCUUCCUUCCUCCCUCCCUCCCUCCCUCCCUCUCUCUUUCUUUCUUUCUUUUUUCUUUCAAGAACAUGGUUUCUAAAUAAUGCCACUUGCAUCCUAGUUAAAGGCCAGGAUUGCCAGAACCUUCUUGUUGAACUAACAAUACAGAUUGGUUAACCUGGAAAAUGAAAUUUCCCACCGAAGACUUAGUGGAAGAACUCCCUGAAGAUUCUUUUUAAAGGCAUAUUGGGUGCUUUUGGGUGUCUUCUGUUUGCUGUGUAGGCCACGCUGUAUAUCUUGGGAUAAAGGACACUCACAGUGACACAAAAUGUUAACAGUAUCUACAGGGAUGCUCAGAUCUAUUUAUCUCAAAGAAUAUUUGAAGCAAUUGCUGUUAAGUGUUGUCAUUUUAAAUUGUGUGUCGGUGACGCUACCUGUACAACUUCAGUCCAAAAAUACAAAGCUCUCAGGGAGAAAUAAUGAAACAAUGAACAUUAGAAAAUAAAAUGUAGAUGCUUACCACUGACCUGCCAACUCUCAGUACCCUUAAAUUAUAUAGUAUGUAAAGAGGACUGUUACUAUUUUUUUUCUUUUGCUUUAUUUAUUUGUACUCGGGUGUGGGGAGGGACUAGUGUUUUCUCUGUUUUCCAUCUAUCCUUUGUGGUUGGGUUUCCUGUGGAAAGAGUAGUGUUUCCUAUUGCACUAGAAUAUUAUUUACUCACUAAAUUGAGUCUUUCAGUCAAGAAUCAAAUAUUUAUUAAGCACUUACUAUGUACCAGGCAUAGUAGAGCUGUAGUGGUAAGCAAGACAGUCCCUGCCCGCCAAGGAGUUCACACUUUAAUAUAGUUUUCAGGGACGAUAGAAUGCCAAUGUGCAUAGUAGACAAGGAAUCAUACUAUUUAAAAAUAAUCUGUAUGAACUGUAAUGCUGAGUGCAGAUGGCAAGGGAUCUGUGCUGUGUAAAAGCUGUGAAACAGUGCUCUAAGAAUUGUCAAGAGCUGUGGUUUUUUUACUUUUUGUUUUUCUUCAUUGCAAACAUAGCGACUUUCUACUCAUUAUAUGGAAGUAAAUGGCUCUUAAAUAAAGCAGUCACAGGUACAAAGCAGAGCUGACUCCCGGCCCUGAGCUACCCAGUCUGCAAGCACACCGUGGUGCUACUGUGGAGACAUACAUAGCUCAGAGAGCUUGGAGGGGAGGAGGAUGGGAUGGAAUGGUGGCUUCCGCUGUCCCUGAUUAAGUGCCUCUAUGUAUAUUCUUUUCUAUUUAUAGCAGGAAAAGUUUGGUCAAGCUCAGUUUUGGAACUGUGGAAAGAGACUUACAACAGAGAGCAAGUUUGUGUAGCAUGUCCCUUUGCCCUUUUAAAACCAUCCUCAUUUUGAUGUAGACAUCCUGGUAGGCCUCCUUUGCCAUUCCCUAUAUUUGUUUAUCUUUCCAAAAACUGUGUGCAGGUAAUUCCAUGUGCCAUUGUUACAAACAAAUGAAAAAUCUACUUUUUAGACUGGUGCUGGUGUAAGUAGCCACUCUUCUCUCUUGAGUAUGUAUUUUAAAGAUUUUUUUUAAUAAUGCCAAAAAGAAAAAGCAUUAUAAUUUUUAAACCUAAUUAAAUGUCUCGUAUCUUAUUAGCUUAGUAGUUGGAACCACUUAGUCUUUAGGUGCAAGACUGUUGUUACAGAACCAAGAAAAAACGAUGUUGUGUGUGUUAUGAGACUGUACAUUUUUUUAAAAAUAGCAAUAUGCAAUAAAGAUGACUUCGUUGGGCGUA